AUGGGACUCUGCAGCUCGAGGCAAGUCGUCGAGGAGGAGGACGUGGCGGCGCGCGCCGCCCCGGUCAACAAGCCCGAGGAGAUCCUCAAGGGCACAGUGGAGUCUGCGAUCGACAAGUUGGAGGUAAUCGCCAAGACCGACCUCGACAAGGAUGGCGAUAUUGCUGACGUUCCAAUCGUCUCAGAGGCUCCGCAGGAGGCAGCCGCCGCGGAGUACCCGGUGGAGACCGAGCCUGUUGAUGCCCCCCUGGAGGUGGAGUCGGGACCGCGUCAGGACUACAUCGUGCCCAAGUCUGAGCGCUCCUCCAGCGG